UAAUAGCCUAAUGUCUGCAAACUAUCACUCAAUUGCCGCUCAAGACAUGCCAAUCGUGAUGACCACAAUUGCGGACAAUUGUCUCCUUUCUCUCUCACUCCUUACCAAGUCUUCAGACUGUCUCUCAUUUGAAUCAACUUUUCUUAAGAGAUGUUAUGAAUUGAAAGCAAUGUUUCAUUGAAUGCAGAGUUAAGCCAAGAAAUGACCGCAAAUUACUCGGACUCGAAUCGCUUCCUCGGGAUGUUGGCCGAAGUGGCCGUCAAGACGUUGAAUGCAGAACAGCAUCAGUCGCACCACUCGGACGCCAAUCCACACAAACGGUCCAAUAAGAAUGUCUUAAGUGUGGAACAAAUCCGGAAACUGUCGGACAAAGUAUUGGUCGAGUCUUUCAGCGAAUUGAGUUGCGAUGAAAUCCGAAGAAUAUAUCGAUUCCGAUGUGUAUUAAUGCCCGAAACGUGUGGACUCGUGUACGAGAGCUUUGCCGUUGAAGACAGGGCUCGCACUUUAAUUAGAGACCAUCUCUUGGAGCACAUCCGCAACGUUGAGCCCAACUUCACGGCCGAGACUCUGAGCGCCAGAAACCGACGUCUUAAUGAUGGCCACAAAAUAUGGCGAAACAGUCACUCAAAGAGUCACAUAAAACCUGAUUCGCAAACGAAUAGAGUUUUGAAAAACUCUUUAAUUAAGAGUCAAUUAAGCGAUGAAGACAUCUGUAAAGGUCGUGAAAAUGAUGAUUUGACUGCGAGUUCGUUGUCACCUUUGGAUCAGAGUUUAGAUGAUAUGCAAGAAGACGAGAAUAACGAGAAGAGUUUAAUAACCAAUAAAAAUAGUCGUGAAGAUCACUGCUAUACUUCUCUGGAGGGACCCAAACAUAAGACCAUUAGUCCUAUGGAGAGAAGUGAUGAGAAUGUAUUGAAUAGCAUCAGGAAAUGUCUGAACCAAACGAAAGUGAUCGCAACGCCCGCCUUUCCCUUCAUCUAUGAACCCGUUUUGCCAAACAUAUCACAAAUUUGA